GCAAACGUGGUCUCCCUCUUUAGAGUUUGGAGUUCUUCGGGCGAGUUGGAGGAGUGUAGAGGAGCCGGAGGAGCGUGACACACGUGUAAACGGCGUUACUCCGUAUUGUUUUCCGUUGUACCCUUGUGUUUUCGCCCCCUUUUUUUCUGGCGCACGCACAUAUCGCCUCGUAUCAAGCGCAUAUACUUCUCUUCUUUGUCCUUGAUAGUGCUUUCUGCGAGUGCUGACGUUGACGAAAGAAAAACAAAGGAGAGCGAAAACAGUGAAAGAAAGCAUUCCUUCACGCAGCGCUCCAAAGUAGUCCAAAGACUGAAACUUUCGUUUAGGAAUAAAGAGAAAGAAACAUCGACAUGUCUUCGAGUUCUGCUUUUGAUUUUCAAAAGAUUCGAUGAAUCUAAAAAAGGGAGAGAGAAAGAGAAUGUUGCAAGCAUAUCGCAAAAUAUUUCGCUUAGAUAAGAAUAAUUAAGUAUGGAUUUAUUCGUAAUCAUCAGCCUGCUAUUUAUAGUCUACUAUUCCGUCUAUCUCAUUCUACCCUCCUUAUUGGACUGCGAUAUAUUGCUUGCUUUUAAGGAAAAGUACGGCAAACCCAUAUCUUCAUUGAAAGGCAAAACAGUAUGGAUAACGGGUGCGUCUGCGGGUAUCGGAGAAAAUCUGGCUUACGUCCUGGCCAAAGCGGGCUGCAAAUUAAUCCUGUCCGCUCGGAGAGCCACUGAAUUAGAAAGGGUGAAGAAAACAUGUUUGAAAGAGAACAAGUGCUUGACCGACGACGAUGUGGAAGUCUAUCCUAUGGACAUACUCGACUUGGACUCGCACGAGAAAGCGUUCCAGCAUGUGAUUAACAAAUUUGGAAAGUUGGAUAUACUCGUCAACAAUGCCGGCCGUAGUCAAAGAGCGAGAUGGGAAAACAUUGAGAUAGCGGUCGAUAAAGAAAUGUUCAACCUGAAUGUAUUCUCCGUCGUGUCCUUAAGUAGAUUAGCAGUCAAACACUUUCUAAAAAUAGGCGGGGGUCAUAUUAUUAAUACCUCGAGUUUGGCCGGAAUUUUACCGGUUCCGAUGUCAGCGACCUACUGCGGCACUAAACAUGCCUUACAUGGCUAUUUCAAACCGAUGUUUAUGGAAUACCCCGAUAAGCAUAUCCACGUAACAAUGGUUUGUCCGGGUCCAGUGCAGACCGAGUUUCUGCCCGAGAGUUUUACGGAGAAAUUUGGCGAGAAAUAUGGAGUAAAGACGGAUACAUCUAAAAGCAAAGUCAGCGCGGAACGUUGUGCAACUUUAAUGGGCGUCGCGAUUGCGAAUAAACUGGACGAAGUAUGGAUCUCCACGGCGUCCACGUUACGAAUCACAUACAUGUCUUAUUGUUUCCCUUAUUUCACGAAAUGGUUGAUAAAGAAUUUAGGUACGAAAUACCUGCUGAAAUUACGAGAUGCUAAUGCUGCCAAGGAUUAAUCACGUUGUCGUCAGUGGAUAUUCUAGUGACAAUAAUAACUAUUUUUGCAUUACGUUUUGCAUUACUAAACUGUUCUUCACUUCUAUGAAGUUACGCGAAAAGACUUUUAUAUGAUUUGUAUAUACAUUUCUCAUUAAAUAUUUCUCCAUGAUCUUA